CCGGUUAGCGAAAUGCUAGGCAUGUUGGCCUACACAUUCGCUCAAGUACAACCGAUGCUUCCCCUCUAUACCCAUCUCGUUCUGUCGGCGCUAUUCCCCAUAGUCACAGGUGCUUACUCUUCCCUUUCACGCCCUUCAUCAGCAGCAAAACCCAUCAAGGAUACAAAACUUGAGCAUCAAGCCGAUGAGCAAGACGACCAAGAUGAUGACGAGGAUGGCAUCCAGAAGAUGGAGGGACUGAGUCCCAGUGACGCUAUCAUCUUUCCCCUUCUCGCUGGAUGCACACUGGGCGGUCUUUACCUACUUAUCAAGUACAUGGGUGCUUCGCUCUUGAACAAGGUCCUACGUUGGUACUUCUCUGCAAUGGCCAUUUUCAGCGUCGCCAAACUCAUCAAUGACGGUCUUGGUGUGGUCGAGUCUUUCUGCUUCCCUCAUUACUACACUGAAGGAGGAGUCUUGUGGAAAGUCAGCCAACCUGAAAGAAAGGCAAUCCACUCAGCCAUCUGCACCAGACCAUCUCCUCUACCAGGAGUCCUCGGUCGCAUCAUUCUCCCUGAACGCAUUAUCGAAGGUUUCUGGACAUUGCGCGGUCUUCUUAGACGCAAGUACCGCUUGCAACUCCAUCUGUCCAGCUUGAUCUCGUUCAAGGUCACUCUUACUCUUCGCACAAUCCUCUCGACUGUCCUCGCACUCGCAACCAUCUUCUAUGUCAACUUUGUAUCUGAUGCGUGGUGGCUCACCAACCUACAAGGCUUUGCCUUCUCGUACAGCGCGCUUCAGCUCAUGUCGCCUACCACCUUUGGAACCGGUUCCCUCAUUUUGAGCGCCUUGUUCUUUUACGACAUCUACUUCGUUUUCUACACUCCUCUGAUGGUCACUGUAGCCACCAAACUCGAUGUACCCAUCAAGCUGCUUUUCCCUCGUCCCCUUGAAGAAGGACAGGUCACUGCGGACAGAAAGCUGGCUAUGCUUGGUCUGGGAGAUAUUGUGAUUCCCGGCAUGAUGAUCGGACUGGCUCUCAGAUUUGAUCUCUACAUGUUCUAUCUGAAGAGACAGACGAAGCGCUUGAGUUCUGCUACUCCCGAUGCCGACAACAAGGACAAGAGCACGAACAAGGCCGAGGAAGAUGUUCACAAGGAACCCUAUCGCCCUGUCACCGGACAUUGGGGCAACAAGUUCUGGACCACUUCCUGGAUUGGCCGCUCCUUGCUACCCAAAUACGAUCCUACCAAGAAAGCCACGCGUAACCCCAUCCCUACGUUCGCGAAACCAUACUUCUAUGCUUCCAUUGUGGGCUACAUUCUUGGAAUGUGCGUCACACUGGGAAUCAUGCACAUCUUCCAGCACGCGCAGCCUGCUCUUCUCUACCUGGUCCCUGGUGUUCUGGGCAGCCUGUGGUCGACUGCAUUGGUUCGAGGCGAGAUCAAGCAGAUGUGGGACUUCACGGAAGCAAGCGAUGAGGAAGAGGAAGCAGGCGAGGAUAAGGACAAGAAGAAGGAGGAAACC